AGUUUCAAAAGACACGGUAAUUAGUUGGAGAGGUUGGACAGGGCUCCCUCCCAACAACAAGGUCUCUCUCUCUCUCCACUGAAAAGCGCGAGAUACCCAAAAAUCCAAAUUCAACCGUCCGUCUCUUUCUCUUUCCCAAGACAUCACGAAAUUUGAGACGAAAAAAAAAAAAAGGAAAAAAAAAAGAGGCCGAAGAAUUUUAACAAACACAAACAAAAAAUCUAGGGUUUGCAUAAUUUUCUCUCUCUUUCUCUUCGAUUUUCUUUCCCUCCAAACGGCCCCGCGAUUUCUAAACUUUUUCACGAGAACGCGGGGCGGAAUCAUUUUUUUCCAGCUCGACCCGGUUUGGUCGUCGUCUUUUUUCUUUUUCGGUUUUUUUUUCUUUUCUUUUGUUUCCUCUUCAGAUCCUAUAUUUUCUCCGGGAAAAGCUUUUUUCCGGGAAAAUUUGGCCUGCACCUCCUGCUCUCCACGACUUUCUACGGUUUUUUGUUCUUCAAGCUCUUUCGAGGAGUUUUACGUGUGAAUUGUUGAUCUGAGAGGAACAAUAGCUGAUGGUCGGAGUGCGGGGAAGGAGGGAAAUGCAUUAAAGGUCUUGGAUUCAAAGAGAGAGGAUUUGGGAGCGAAUGUGUACGUUAGAUGGUUGAUUUGUUUGAAUAGUUGAAUUAUCGUCUCUUGAUCUUGAAUUGGUUGAAUUUUGAAUGCACAUUGCUUCAUGGAUUCGGAAGGAUUUCCAUCUUCGAGGCAGGUGGUGAAGUGUUCUAAUUGCGAGUGCAGUUCUUCGGUUAUGAGCGUUUCUUCAGGGACUUGGCUUCGGUCGGUAAAGAGAAAGUAUAGCGAGUAUGAGGAUGGUAACCGUUUCUUUAUACCUGGGCUUGAAAUUUAUUAUAAUGCACGAGUCCAAAUGGAGAACGAAUGUGUUGCAUUACGUGAGACUCUUAGUAGCCAGCAGAAUACGAUACAAGAUUUGUAUACUGAACUGGACGAGGAGAGGAAUGCUUCAUCAUCGGCCGCAAAUGAGGCUAUGUCAAUGAUAUUGAGAUUGCAGAGGGAGAAGGCGGAAAUACAGAUGGAGGCUCGGCAAUUCAAGUGUUUUGUUGAGGAGAAGAUGGCACAUGACCAGCAAGAGCUUUUGGCACUGGAAGAUUUGUUGUAUAAGAGAGAACAAGCAAUUCAGGCACUCACAUGUGAAGUACAGGCCUAUAAGCAUAGAAUGAUGAGUUAUGGGCUCACAGAGUCUGAGGCAGAGGGUGAGAAGGGCGGGUUUAGCCGUAUCCAGAGUAUGGGUGAUUUUGAAGCGCAGUAUGAACUCCCCACAACGCCCACAUAUGAGUAUCCACCUUUGAAAUGCAAGCUUAAUGAGACUCAAGGUCCAUUGGAGGAGGAUGAUGAUGUUACAGAUAUUGAGAAGUAUGCAUUUGGUGAGACCCCUCGUGGGAGAGAUCAUUUGAGAAAUCUGGAAAACAGGCUCUCUCAGAUGGAGAGGUGUCCGAGCAGCAAUCAGCUGGAUGGGGAUUUUUCAGGUUCCAAGAACAUUUUUGAAAAGGUUGUGGUUGGUUAUUCUCCUAGGCGGUCAAGACAUUCCGGGAGACUUUCAAGUGAUUCACCCAUGUAUAUGGUUAGAGAAGCUGGUUCAGAUUUUGGUGCUGAAUCUCCUAGGUAUAACAGCAGCUUGAAGAAGGUGGAUUAUGUCUCACAGUCAGAGGACUACCCAAAUACGAGAAAGCUAGAUAACGCAUCAGAAUUUGGAGAUGACAUGAGUGACAGAGUUUAUACCAUUGACUCUAUCCAUAAUGGAGCACCUUACAAUGGUUUUACAGACGCCAAAGCUGGAGUUGGAGAUUACGCAACUGCUCCAAGGGGAUCACUUAAUCAGCCUGAUUUUGAGGAUCCUGAUGUCAUGAAGCUCUAUAUGAGGCUUCAGGCACUUGAGGCUGACAGGGAGUCGAUGAGGCAGGCCAUGCUUUCGAUGCGGACUGACAAAGCUCAACUGGUAUUACUUAAAGAAAUAGCUCAACAUUUGUGUAAAGACAUGUCGGCGGAGAAACAAAUGACUGUAAAGAAGCCAUCUCUUGUUGGAAGUACAUCCUUCAUGUCAGUUUUUAAGUGGAUCAAGUCCUUUGUUUUCUGGAGAAGAAGAGCGCGUCGAAGCAAGUAUAUGUUUGGGCUAUCAGCCAACGUGGGUUUGCUUAUGCUUCUAGACAACGGUCCCCAUGCAAGGCAGUGGAGAUGUCUUACAAGCACACAAGUGUGAAACCAGUUAGCAAACAUCAGUAUCCAUAUGAAGGAUAUGCUCUCAUGAUACACCGAGGGCAUUUUAAUCACACUUGUACGAGUAGAUUUUGUAUUCUUUCCUGGUUUGGUUGUUGCUGAAUUUGGGUAUUUGUGCAGAGUGUUCUUUUGAUUCAAAAUUUUUUUUUUCGGGGGUUUGAGUGACCGGUUUCUAGAUACAGUUUGGGCAUGCUUGCUCAUACGGUUCUUAGGAAUUCUUCAGCUCAAGCUAUGUGUCAUUUGACUGUCCUCUCCUGUACAUUGCAGAUGCUUGUAUGAUUGAUUUCCAAUUCAAAUAUGCAAGGCCUAUUCUUUCAGCCCUA